AUGUCUUCAGACUCUGCCAUUGUCAUUGAUACGGGUUCGGGAUGGUGCAAAGCAGGUUUCUCAGGUUACAAUGCUCCCACACUUGUUUUCCCUUCCGAUGUUCCAACGAAACAACAUCAUUCAAAUAUUCAUCAUGUUAUUCAUAUCGGAAAGGAAGCUCUCCAUCCAAACGUUUUAAAUCUGAAUGAUGAUGAUCCUCCCAUUCAAGAUUUAGAAUCCAUAUGGCAUCAUGUCUUUCAUGAAUUAUUAUUAAAAUCGGAAACAAAAUCCAAAGAAGAAGAACAAGUCCAACUCGACCUCAUGAAUCCCAUCUUGUUAUCGGAACCUCCUUUAAAUCCCAAAUCCAAUCGAGAACAAACCACUCAACUCAUGUUUGAAACCUUCUCAUGUCCAUCCCUCUACAUGUCCAUUUCUCAUGUCUUGUCGUUAUAUGCCUCAGGCCGUACCACAGGAACAGUAUUGGACUCGGGCCAUGCACAUUCUCAGGUCGUUUCCAUCGAUGAAAGUUAUGCAUUGCCUCAUACGGGCAUGACCUCUCCCAUUGGUGGAAAACAUUUGACGGAAUACUUGGCUUCCAAAAUCAUGAUGAAUUCAAAAUCUGAAAGAGUGUUUCCAAGUCGUUGUUGUUUUCAUGAGGAUGAGAAGAGAGAGGUCAUUCAGAGGUUCCGAGAAAUGAAAGAACAGAUGUGUGUUGUUACAAUGAACGUUCAGGAUGAUGAUUCAACUACUUGUUGCUCUCCACUUGAAAAUUCAUUUGAAUUACCAGAUGGUACAUUUGUGACUUUGGGUCAAGAACGAUUUCAAUGUCCAGAAGUGUUAUUCGAACCGAGUGUGUUGGGUUUACAAGAUUCGAUGGCGAUUCAUGAACUUGUUUUUAACUCCAUUUCAAAAUGUGAUUCAAAUAUGAGAUCGACCAUGUUUGGGAAUAUCAUCUUGUCGGGUGGUAGUACCUUAUUUCAAGGAUUAGCGGAGAGAUUGAAACAUGAAUUGAUCGAGUUAGUUCCAUCUUCCAUGAAUGUUGACGUUGUGGCACUUGCUGAAAGAAAAUAUUUGACUUGGAUGGGUGGUUCUAUCUUGGCUUCGUUACCAUUAUUUCAAGAAUUGUGGAUUACAAAGGAAGAAUAUAAAGAAGUAGGUUCAGGAAUUGUACAUCGAAAGUGUUUUUAA